AUUUUUUUUAGGUAUUUAAAAACACUGUCUUUACUUCUGUAAAUAAAUAAUGUUAUUUUUAAAGUCGUACCAAAAUGUGAACUGUUGUAAAUGUUAUUGGUUGCAAAAACUAGAAAUUUCGAAAAAAUAUUUAUCGACAAAUACGUAUUUAUAUUUUCCAGUUGAAAACAAAUUGGUAAAUAAUAAGGAAACUGAAAAAUCCUCAAACAAAGAUAAACUUUUAUUUAACAGCGUUUUAAACGCAAAGCAAAAUAAAUUAGGAUUCUUUAAGGCUCGUCGGCAGUACAUACAGCAGCUAGAAUUAAAAUCCAAGAUACAACCUUUACCAUUAUCACUAAAAUUUUUGUCUGAGGAUUUGUUGACAGAGAAAGACACAUUAAAAGUUGAAGAACAACAAAUAAACGAGAGUAAUAAAAAUGUACAGUUUCCUUAUAGUAGUUUUAGUACUCCUGUAAGUGAAUUUAAAGGUGAAAAUAAAGAUUUAGAGUUUCCACAGGAUUCUCCUGAAACUAUAGAUAAAGAAGUAAGAGCUAAAAAUAACGAUUUACGGACGUGGAUGAAUGCUUAUGAUAAUUUAGAACGUGAUAUUGUUGAGGAUAGUGAAAAUGGAACUAUUAAUUAUGGUACACCUGAUCCUAAGAGUAUAAUUAGUGAUGUACCAUGUGGAGGAUGUGGUGCAUUGCUUCAUUGUAAAGACACAGCUAUUCCUGGUUAUAUCCCUUCAGAAAUUUUUAAGAAUGCUCAUAAACCAGGAGCAGCUGUUUUGGAAGCUAUUAUAUGCCAAAGAUGCUUUUUCCUCAAAGAACAUAACAUAGCACUUCAAGUGAGAGUUUCUGCAGAUGACUAUCCAAAAGUACUGAUGUCAUUGGCAGAUAAAAUGUGUUUGGUGAUCCUGAUGGUAGAUCUUACAGAUUUUCCUUGUUCUAUAUGGCCAGGAAUUGCUGAUAUUUUUGGACCAACAACCCCAAUUUUUGUAGUAGGAAACAAAAUAGAUUUGAUACCAAAAGAUGAUGUCAAAUUCAUACCAAAUAUUAAACAGAAAGUCAUAGAUUAUAUGAAAUUGAAUGGAUUUGGUACUUCCAAAAUACUAGAUGUUGCUCUCAUAUCUGCCAAAACUGGAUACGGGAUAGAAGAUUUAAUAACAUCUCUGCAUUCUUUAUGGAAAGUGAAAGGAGAUGUCUAUUUAGUAGGAUGUACAAAUGUUGGCAAAUCUAGUUUAUUUAAUGCCCUUCUCGGAUCAGAUUACUGCAAAAUUCAAGCUGCUGACUUAAUACAAAGGGCGACCACAAGUCAGUGGCCCGGAACAACUCUGAAUCUUCUAAAGUUUCCAAUAUUAAAAUUGUCAGCACAUCGUUUGUAUUUGAGAAACUUACGACUCACUCAAAUGAAUAAAUCUACUUUUGUGGAAGAAAACAGAAGAAGGGAACAGCUUAAAGUAGAUAAUGUAGCAGAGAAUGCCACACUUAUAGGACGAAUUGAACAGACAUUCUCAAAACACACCAGACAACCGGAAAAAGCGGAUGCUUUUUCAUCACAACCUCAAAGGAACAAUUCUGGAAGGACAACAAUGGGAGUGGAUGAAAAUCAUCCAGAUUAUGCAUCGGGUCGAUGGUGUUAUGACACUCCGGGAGUAGUUCAUCCAGAUCAAAUUUUGGAUUUGUUAACGUUAGAUGAGCUGAUUUUAACUCUUCCUAAAGAAUUAAUACGACCAGAGACAUUUUGUGUCAAGCCAGGCACUAGUUUGUUUAUAGCUGGAUUAGCUAGAUUGGACUAUCUAGAAGGUCCUGAUUCUGUCAAAUUAACAGUAUUUAGGUCAAAUGAAUUGCCUAUAACGAUAUGCACUUUGGACAAUGCAGAAAAAACAUAUGAUGACUGCCUGGGAACUGAAUUAUUUAGGGUACCAAUAGACGAAGGAGAUCGAUUAAGUAAAUGGCCUGGACUGUCAAAAGGAAAACCAUUUACUGUUAAAGGAGUUACUCGAAGGCUUUCCAGUAAUGACGUAGUAUUAUCGAAUGCAGGAUGGAUUUCCAUCACUUGUGGUAAUCAAGAAUACACUUUCCAAGCAUGGACACCAAAUCAAAGAGGAAUACAUUUAAGAGACAGUAUCCUGCCUAAAAUUGUAACGCUACGGGGAAAGAGAAUUAAAUAUACCGUUCAAUAUGAGAAACAUACUUUUAUAUAAAUACUCUAAAAUGUGUGUAUAUAUCUUAAAAUAAAAUAAAA